AGAAAACCAGAGAACCACCCCCCCUGGGCUUAUUUUCUUCCUUCGCGUUCCGUUCCUCACAUCUGAAAUCCAAACCCUUGCGCUAAACCUAGCCUCUCUUCGAUCAAAACCAGAGGAGGAAGAUGAGUUGGAUGAAGCCCCCGUACUGGCAGCGCGGCGAUGUUGAGGAGGGCAACGUAACAAGGCCGCUUUACCCAAUGAUGCUGGAGAGGCCGGAACUGCGGUGGGCGUUUGUGCGAAAAAUCUACACUAUCGUUUCCAUCCAGUUGCUUCUCACCAUCGCAGUAUCGGCCCUCGUUGUUUCCGUCAAGCCCAUCUCCCAUUUCUUUGUCGCUUCAAGCGCUGGAGUCGGCCUGUACAUUUUACUGAUAAUUUCGCCUUUCAUUUUGAUGUGCCCUCUGUACAACUACUACCAGCGCCAUCCAAUAAACCUUAUUUUACUGGGUCUGUUCACUGUAUGCAUCAGCUUUGCCGUGGGAUUAACUUGUGCCUUUACAAGUG